GCGAUCGCUGGCCAGAACACUGCUGACCAGAGGAGAGUCAGAUGACGGGAUGGCAGGACUAAUAUCAACAUGUGCGUUCAUUAUAGUCUGCUUUUUACCAGGACAAUGCUUCGGCAGCCGAAAACUCCUGGUAUUUCUGAUCGACGGCUUCCGUUACGAUUAUAUCGACGACCUGAAGAACAUGCCAGGGUUCCGAGAAAUAGUGGAUAACGGCGUUAAGGUGGAUUACAUGACGCCCGAUUUCCCAAGUCUCUCCUUUCCUAAUUACUACUCACUAAUGACAGGGCGGCACUGUGAAGUGCACCAGAUGACGGGGAAUUACAUGUGGGAUCAAACCUCGCUGAAGGAGUUCAACAUCGGUACAAAUCCGGACAGCCGCCUGCCGAUGUGGUGGGAGGGUUCGGAGCCCCUCUGGGUGACCAUGCAGAAACUGAAGAAAGACGUCUAUAUGUAUUACUGGCCAGGCUGUGAGGUAUCAAUUCUGGGGGUGCGUCCGGCAUUCUGUGAGGAGUAUGCCUACAACCCAUCAGGACAGAACUUUACGGAUGCCAUUGAGCACGCUCUCAAUGCACUACGUAGGGGGAAGGUCGCCAUGGCAACAGUAUACUAUGAGAAUAUUGAUGUGGAGGGACACCACCAUGGCCCUCAGUCCCCCCAGGUGAAGACCGCGAUCUUAAACCUGGACAUCGCGCUUCAGACAUUGAACAGGAAGAUCAAGGAGAAAAACAUGCAGGAAGACCUUAAUAUUAUGAUGUUCUCUGACCACGGUAUGACUGACAUACAGUGGAUGGAGAAAGUCAUCGAGCUCCAGCUGUACAUCAACAUGUCUGACAUUAUAAAGAUGAUGGACAGGGGACCUGUUGUCAGUCUGUGGCCCAAACCAGCCAAGUUUGAGUCGGUUUACAGAAAUCUCAGCAUUGCAAGGAACAUGAAGGUGUACAAGAAACCAGAAAUUCCACAGCGAUUCCAUUACAAGGGUGGGAAGUUUGUUGCCGCAUUGACCCUUGUGGCUGACCCUGGAUGGUUCAUUACUGAGAGCAUAGCAAAGCUGCCUUACUGGCAGAACGGCACUGGGAACGGCUGGCAACAUGGAUGGCACGGCUAUGAUAACGAGUUCCUGGACAUGAGGGGAUUCUUUCUGGCUCGUGGACCAGAUUUCAAGAAGAAUCUUAAGGCCGCUCCAAUCCGCACAGUGGACGUGUACAACUUAAUGUGCAGCGUACUAGGGAUCCAGCCGCUGCCCAACAAUGGUUCCUGGUCCCGGGUGGAGUACAUGUUGAGCGGAGCAGCUACCCAGUCCCCGCCUUUCCUCUUCGGCACCGCUGCCUCCAUCCUGCUGCCGCUGGUCCUGACCUUCUAGGUGUGGAGCCUCAGCCUGCUCCUUUUCACCCACAUAUAUUGUACAUGGUGACUAUCACAGGGACUGAAAUAUUUGUAGCUAUACAGGGCGCUGUACUUGAACAGAAGUUGCCAUUAGCCUCCAUAGAUAAACCAGCUGCUGAUCUGUAGAUAUAGGGAAAAUAAAUCAAAAUUUAUUUCAGUAAUAAAUGCUUUGGGGAAAAUUAUGUAAACAUUUGCCAUUGCGUUGGUUGGAGUGCCAACAUUUAACCGCAUCGGUAGCAUAUGAUUAUCUGUAGGUUAAAGACUAUUUCUGAACAUAAAUAUCUUUAUUGAUUCUGUGUUUUAUGUACUGAAUCUGUUGGUAGACUAAACAUAAACCCUUGGUUUUUUUUGGUCAGAUCUGUUUUGUCUAUAAAUUGUAACCUAAAGUCAGAAUUGAUGUCAUGGUUUGCAGAUGAAUGUUUCUGCUUAUUAAAGAGUCUGUGGGAAUCCAGGUUUUACUAAUUUGAUAUAUCACUAAGAAAUAAAAUGUGUAACAUGGUGCCUUUAAGAAA